UGUCAGUUGACGUGGUAUAAAAACAAGCGGCUUUUACAAGUCACAAAUUUUGCAAAAAGCUGAAAAAAUUAUAAUAAUUCUUCAAAAAUACUAAUUUUCUAAAACAGUAUUUCUUUAAUAAACAAACAAAAAAAUGGGUAUAGCUGAGACACUCCAAAUCGACGAAAUGGUGCAGGACUUUAAGCGUAUGAACAAACGCCAGUCCCUGUAUCAGUUCUUAAGUUUUGCUAUGAUUGUUUCAUCCGCCUUAAUGAUCUGGAAGGGUUUAAUGGUGGUGACUGGCAGUGAAUCACCAAUUGUGGUGGUUUUGAGUGGCAGUAUGGAACCCGCCUUUCAUAGAGGAGACCUCCUAUUCCUUACCAACUACAAAGAGGAACCAGUACGUGUAGGCGAAAUCGUGGUAUUCAAAGUAGAGGGCAGAGAUAUACCCAUCGUACAUCGUGUUAUUAAAUUGCAUGAAAAGGAAGAUGGUUCUGUCAAAUUUUUGACUAAGGGUGACAACAACAACGUCGACGAUAGAGGUUUAUAUGCUCCCGGCCAGUUGUGGUUGACGAAAAAGGAUAUCGUCGGUCGUGCCAGAGGGUUCCUGCCUUAUGUUGGAAUUAUAACAAUAUUUAUGAAUGAAUACCCCAAAGUUAAGUGGGCGAUUUUAUCGAUUUUAGCCAUUUUUGUUUUACUACAUCGUGAAUAGUGUGUCCAUUAGAUUUAUAUUAAAUUAAACAAGACUUGAGAAAAUCUACUGCAACAAAAACAACAACAAACAAAACACAAUAUGCCACAAACAAAAAUUUCAAAACAAAAGAUAAAUGUCAAAGCUCUCAAACCCACAAAGAGGAAAAACAACGCAAAUUUUUCAAUUACUGUUUUGUUUCUCUUCUUUUUUAAUUGAUUUUGGAGUUUGAACAAAAAAAAAAAGAAGAAAUUUCGAGUAAUAGAUUUGUUUAUGUUAAAUUAAUUGAAUUAAUUGCCUUAAUUAUACAGUGUUCAAUAAUAAUAAACUCCAAAACUUGGUUCGAAAUUUAUUUUUAAGACAAAAUAAUUUAUUGUUCAUCUUUUGUUUUCGUGUUUUCAAAAAGGGAAUAUUUAAUAAUAAAAAACGAAAUGCAUUUUAAAAUUUAUAAAUAAAUAAAAAGGAAUUUGAAGAAAAAAAA